CCUGCCGUCAGACAGCCAGUUCAGGCCAGUUCACUACCGCUGUAGUACUCAGUCUGUCCCACUGAGCUGUCAACACACAGCAGCGCUGCGCUCUGCUUGUCUGCUGCGACAACAUUUUUCUGUUAAACUUAGUCCGUUUUCCUCUUCGACGACGUUUUCCUUCAGAUAACAGCUACUCUCUUCUAACUAUGACUCGAAGGUGAUCUUCAGAGUGUCCAGGUGGUUCUGGGGUUCCAGGUUGGUGUGGUGAGAGAGCAAGCUAACUACGGGGAGGAGGACCGCCUGGGGCAUCGUGUCCCUGGCUCUCAAGCGACUAAGGAAGGGGCUUGACAAACAGUUCUGCAGCAUGGAGAAGGAAGACCUGAAAGUCCUCAACAAGGGGGAAGAGGAGGAGAUGGAGCUGCAGGGCUACUGUCUAUGUCGUUGGCGGCUGGCCCUGGUGGGCCUUGGGGUGCUGUGUACAGGGGGCUUCCUCCUCCUGCUGCUCUACUGGAUGCCAGAGUGGUGCGUCAAAUCCACUUGCACCCGUACCACAGCCCGUGAUGCUGAAGUGGUGUUGCUGCGCUCCACAGAUGAGUUUCGGCGCUGGUUCCUGGCCAGGGUGCGAGUGAUGCUGGCCCCGGGGAGCAACCCCUUCCACAGCCUGGACACCCAGACCACCUCCCCCUCCUCCCCUUCCUCUCCUUCCUGCCCCUUCUCCUCCCCAGUCUCCUCCCCUCUGGCCAACGGACACACCCCUCACCCCUCCGAUGGCGGCCCCGCUCAGGAGCUCAUCAGAAGAUUUGCCGACUACCAGCCCACACAGAUUCGCUAUUUUACCUUCCAUAGCACAAAGUAUUAUUGGAAUGACGAGGUGCAGAACUUUGAGGUUUUAAACGGCCUGGAGGAUCUGCAGAUCAGCUGCUCCACCCUCCACUCGGAGCAUAGUGCAGGCCUGACCAGGAACCAGCAGGAGUACAGGAGACUGUUCUUCGGAGUGAAUGAAAUUGCAGUGAAAGUGCCUUCUGUUUUCAAGCUGCUUAUCAAAGAGGUCCUCAACCCUUUCUACAUCUUCCAGCUCUUCAGCGUGAUCCUGUGGAGUGCCGAUGAGUAUUACUACUAUGCUGUGGCCAUUGUUUUCAUGUCGGUCAUAUCCAUAGCUACCUCUCUGUACACCAUCAAAAAGCAAUAUGUCAUGCUUCACGAUAUGGUGGCAGCUCACAGUAUUGUCCGUGUGUCUGUAUGCCGAGCCAACAACGAUAUCGAAGAGAUUUUAUCAACUGAUCUGGUGCCAGGUGAUGUGAUGAUCAUCCCCAGCAACGGGACCAUCAUGCCAUGUGACGCCGUGUUGGUCAGUGGCACCUGCAUCGUCAACGAAAGCAUGCUCACAGGUGAGAGCGUUCCCGUGACGAAGACCAAUCUCCCAAACCCGGUUCCAGGGGAGAGGGGGGAGGAGGCUGACAGUGCCUACAACACAGAGGACCAUAAGAGACACACACUCUUCUGUGGCACCAAUGUCAUCCAGACCCGCUUCUACACAGGCGAACUGGUCAAGGCUGUGGUGGUCCGCACAGGUUUCAGCACAGCCAAAGGCCAGCUGGUGCGCUCCAUCCUGUAUCCCAAACCCACCGACUUCAAGCUGUACCGUGAUGCCUACCUCUUCUUGCUGUGUCUGGUGGCUGUGGCUGGAAUUGGCUUUGUCUACUCCAUCGUCCUCAGCAUCAUGAACAAUGUGCCAGCUAAGACCAUCAUCAUUGAGUCCCUGGAUAUCAUCACCAUCACUGUGCCACCGGCGCUGCCAGCUGCCAUGACAGCUGGCAUUGUGUAUGCCCAGCGACGCCUCAAACGGAUCGGCAUUUUCUGCAUCAGCCCACAGAGGAUCAAUAUCUGUGGACAAAUCAAUCUAGUCUGCUUUGACAAGACUGGAACUCUGACAGAAGAUGGAUUAGACCUGUGGGGAGUCCAGAGAGUUGAGAAUGGCAGUUUCCACCUGUCAGAGGAAAAUGCCUACAAGGAGAAUCUUGUCAAGUCCCAGUUUGUGGCUUGCAUGGCCACCUGCCACUCUCUUACCAAAAUAGAGGGCCAGCUGUCUGGAGACCCACUGGACCUCAAGAUGUUUGAGGCUACAGGCUGGAUCCUGGAGGAGGCCACUGAGGAGGAAACAUCUCUCCACAACCGUAUCAUGCCCACUGUAGUUCGACCCCCAAAGCAGCUCUUGCCCCCAGAACCUGCCGUAUCACAAGAACAGGACAUGGAACUCUAUGAAAUCUCUUCAGCGUAUGAGAUAGGUAUUGUGCGCCAGUUUCCUUUUUCCUCAGCUCUCCAGAGAAUGAGUGUUGUAGCUCGUCUGCUGGGGGAGAAACGUAUGGAUGCCUACACGAAGGGGGCGCCAGAGGUGGUGGCUAGUCUCUGCAAGAAAGAGACAGUGCCCGAAAAUUUUGCUGAGGUUUUGGAGGGCUACACCAAGCAGGGUUUCAGGGUCAUUGCUCUGGCUCACCGUCGACUUGAAUCCAAACUCACCUGGCACAAAGUCCAGAACAUCAGCAGGGAUCACAUAGAGACAAACAUGGAGUUCCUGGGUCUGAUCAUCAUGCAGAACAAGCUGAAGGCAGAAACUCCAGGGGUGCUGCUGGACCUCCACCAAGCCAACAUCCGCACUGUCAUGGUUACUGGUGACAAUAUGCUGACAGCGAUUUCGGUGGCUCGAGACUGUGGAAUGAUCCCUCCCCAGGAUACGGUCAUCAUUGCUGAUGCCCUCCCUCCCCAUGAUGGACAGGCCGCCAAGAUCACCUGGAGAUACGCUGACAAGCCGAGCAAGACAUCUCGUUUGGAGGUAGUGAACAUCAGCCUGGAGGAUGUGUGCCAUGUAGACGAGCCAAAAACACAAGAGCUCUACCACUUUGCUAUGAAUGGAAAAUCGUUUGCUGUUAUCGCCGAGCAUUUCCCCGACAUGCUUCAAAAGCUGGUGCUGCAUGGGACAGUGUUUGCCAGAAUGGCCCCAGACCAGAAAACCCAGCUUAUUGAGGCACUGCAGGGCGUGGACUACUUUGUUGGGAUGUGCGGAGAUGGAGCAAAUGAUUGUGGGGCUCUGAAGAGGGCUCAUGGUGGCAUCUCUCUCUCAGAACUCGAGGCCUCUGUAGCUUCCCCCUUCACCUCCAGGACCCCCAACAUCUCCUGUGUCCCCAGCCUCAUCAGGGAGGGCCGCGCUGCUCUCAUCACCUCCUUCUGUGUGUUCAAGUUCAUGGCCCUCUACAGCAUCAUCCAGUACAUCAGUGUCACUCUUCUCUACUCUAUCCUCAGUAACCUUGGAGACUUCCAGUUCCUCUUCAUCGAUAUUGCCAUCAUCCUCCUUAUUGUCUUUACCAUGAGUUUGAACCCAGCGUGGAAGGAGCUCGUGUCACGUCGGCCGCCGUCAGGUCUGAUCUCAGGGCCUCUGUUGUUCUCUGUGCUGACCCAGAUCCUCAUCUGCUUGGGCUUCCAGACCAUCACAUUCCUUUGGGUCCGACAGCAGCCCUGGUACACAGUCUGGACACCACUUACAGACAUCUGCAACCAGUCUGAACACAUGAACAUGUCCGACCUCAACGACACAGAAGUGGACGACCACAACAUCCAAAACUUUGAGAACACCAGCCUCUUCUAUGUCUCCUCCUUCCAGUAUCUUAUUGUUGCCAUAGUUUUCUCAAAGGGCAAACCUUUCAGGCAGCCUAGCUACAAGAACUGGCCUUUUGUGCUGUCUGCCUUGAGUUUGUAUUUUUUCCUGCUGUUCAUCAUGUUCCACCCUGUUGAAACUAUUGAUGAGUUUCUAGAGAUUGUUUGUGUCCCGUUUGAAUGGAGGUUGAAACUUCUCCUCAUCAUCGUUGUCAAUGCUGCUGUGUCAGUUGUGGUGGAGACCUUCAUCCUUGACAUCGUCUUAUGGAAGCUUGUGUUCAGCCGAGACAAACAGGGCAGCUUUGGCGUCACUCCUGCCGCCCCGACACCACAGGGGGUCAUUGACCUGCGGGCGUACAAGUGUCUGUCCUGGCUGUGCUGCUCACGCAAGAUGCCCAAGGCCCGCUAUAUGCAUCUGGCCCAGGAGCUCAGUGUGGACCCCGACUGGCCUCCAAAGCCAACCACCACCACUGAAGCCAAACCCCGCCCGGAAAACGGUUCCACCUAUCAAAUCAUGAUCAACUCCUAGCACCCCCACAGCCUCUCCCAGUAUCCAAUCUACCCUUUCAUAUAACACAUGCUCAGUGAACGCACGUUCAGCCUUUAAAUAAAAUUCUCACAGGAUAAUUGCUUGUCAUCAUCGUUCACACAGACUUGCGUCUAAUACUGUAGUUCAGAGACUUCACUGCAGAAACUAUAGGAUUAUACAUAAGUACCAAAUAAAGUUAAGUUUCAGUGUUCUAAGUACUCUCACUCUCGCUCUCUCCGGCUUGCACGCUCUCAGGUCUCUCUUGCUUAUCUUUAAAUGUCAUGCAAACAUCAAAUUGAAUUCUCAUCCCUUAUUGCAAUGUCUGUUCACCAGAGCUGAGCAGCAUUCAGCCCAGGUUGGGAGGAGGGUUGAUAAGCCAGUUUGAAUUAGCAUGUUGACCUCUUAAGAUCGAAUGCCAUGUUUUAAUAUCCCCAAUAUCCCAGAGCUAAAGCCUCACUCCUCUUUAGAGAUGGCUUUAGAUGAACGUCUGCUGUCAGAAGCCAUCUCGUGUUAGGAGUUGUACUUCGGCCCUCCUAAGUACGACCCUCUCUGACUGAAAUCAGUCAUCAAAGAAAAGUGUCUGGAAGAAGCUGGGAGAGGUUCCACUUUAAAAUGGAGCCAUUCUGUUGAAUGUAGUAAUAGAUACCUGUAGGUGGCUGCACUGACCAACUCUCUGAUCUGAUCAUACAGUUUUUAAAAGCAGCAGUAAAGAUGUCCACUGAGCAGCCAUCACCUCACUUUUUUGAUGUUCACACGGUGGGUAACUUCACAGGUGUAGCCUGUUGUGGGUGGUGCAGGCUCUGAUUGCUACUAUGUAGUGGUCUCUUAUUAAUGUCAUUUUAAUGAGCUAGCAUAACCACCUGGUAGGCACUCAUUAGAGAGCACAGAUGUGAUAACCAAAAAUAUUUAAAAGCUUACCGUGGAUCCCCAGCAAUGAAUGAGAUUACUCAUUUGAGACCAGUAUUCAAAUACUCUUUCAAGCACACUGUGAGUUGUAAAAAAUUGGGAAUGAUAAAUGACUAUAGUCUGUCUUGUUAAAUUGCACAAUCCAGGCAGAAGUUCAGAUUCACAUUUUGUAGUAAACACGCAAGCAACAUAUCGAAUUGGCUGUCAAGCACUGAUAAUACAGAUGUUGGAUACUAUAGUGAAUGUAAUGGGGCAUGUCUAGAGUUCCUAAGAUUUGGAAACUGCACAAUAAGUUUGAAGAUAUUUUUAAGGAUUUCAUGGCUGAAGACACGUUUAAAGUAUUUGCAGACCCGACCUGGUCCUGAAAAUCAUACUGUUGUUCCCAGAAACUGUCUUGUUGAUAUUAUAAGAAGGCAUGGUAGGGUUUAGAGGAAGUAGGUUUUUAAAAUUGUAAUAUACAUCACAUAAUGAUGAAAGCCCUAGAAUUUGAGGCCAAAAUGUUCAUGCACAUCCAGAACAUUAUACUUCUAAAAAAGUAAAGGACUUAAAGAGAACAGUGAGGCAGACUGAUACACACUCACCUCUCAGUCACAGGCUGGGACCUGUGGGAGGCUCUUCAUCACAGAUUACUGUUCUGUUUUUUUUUUGUUUUGUUUUUUUUUACAAAGAUAUUAUUGCAUAGAAAAAAAGCUAAUUAUGAAAAGAAAAAAGAUAUUUUCAGCUCAGCGUUUUAGUCAUGCUAGCAUAGUGAGCCCAUUUGUCUGUUGGUCCAGACUGAAAUAUCUCAACAACUAUAGGAUGCAUUGCCAUGAACUAUGGCACAGACAUUCAUUUCAGUUUUUUAGCUCCUGAUUUUUCAUUUCCUAACGGGAUACCUCUGACAAUAAUGACUGAAUUCUCAUCAACCUCAGCUCUACUCUAAUAUUAAAGCCAACAUAGCAUGCUAACACACAAAAUGUUUUUAAUCCAUUACAAAAAGUCGUUUACUGGUGUGUAAUGAGCUUUGCACCCUCAUGGGCUGUUUAGCGUGGCUACAAAACAUUAACCUUAUGUUUUUGCACAUGUGAGCCAUGUCCUGUCGGCUUCUAAUGACAUCAGACAGGAAACCGAAAGUAUACCAAGACUUGCAUGAAGCCAGCUCCCUAUCGUCAUGUUCUAGGGACUUGAUGGUUGCAAUACUAGAAAUAUUACUACAAAUAUACAGCAUUACUGUAGAAUUAAGAAACAUUUACAUCAACAUGUCUGUAUUAAAAAGAUAAACCCGCACAAAAGAAGCAGCAUGAAUCUGACUGGUUACUGUGGACAGUUUAUUACAUGCAUGAGACCAUGUGCAUCAAAGCAUCCUACAUCUACAAACUCGCAUCAGAUUGGCUACAGAAAGCCAGUAAUUUCUUUCUUUCUUUUUUUUUAAACAAAAUUUCUUCCCAUGGAAGACUGAUUAAAAGUUUGUUAGUAGAUUAAGGUGAGGAACUGUGCUUCGCAUCAGCCUGCUGCUUUUGGCACAUUCAAGAGAUCCACGCAUCAGCACACCCUACAUAGGAUGGAUGCAGAUUACCAUGUACAGUUAUAUUCAUGUAUUACACACAGGCUACCUGCAUAGAGAGUUAAGGGCUAUAUUUUACGUUCACUGCUGCUUCUUCGACUUUUAAAGUGAUUCUCUGCAAAAUCUGUUCUUAAAGUAUUCUUUAUACAUGCUCACCUCCAGUAGACUUUGACGGUUGUUGUAAAAGUUUCUUCCUCAGUAAAACUUUACCAUGGAAAAUUGGUAGAACUAGAUUCCAGUAAUGACAUAUUACUGAGCAAACAGAUGAACAAAAGAGAAGCAGUUUACAUUUUCUUACAUUCUUAAAUUUUUUAGUGAUGAAAAUUGGCACCAUUUGAAAUCAGUGUAACUGACUAAAGAUGAUCACAUGCACAGUUAAAGAGACAACUACAAACUUCUUUACGUCACCAGAGAUAAUGUUUGAUUGUUGAAAUGCAGAUUUAGGGUAGAGGAUCACUUUAAAGGAAAAACCACCAAUGCACGUGCAGCUGGUUCCCAAUGUCAGUAUAACUAAUUGCAGCCUGCCUUUCAUGAAAUUAUAUGGUUUCAUAUUGAUGACUUCAAACUGUGCGAAUCAGUGGUUAUGAGACAUCAUGUCUACAGAAUGUCAAAGUAAAUGUAAUGUUACUCCUUCUCCAUGGCAACAUUAAGUAAAUUAUUUCUUUAAAAAAUCUGGUAAAAGCGCUGUAUUAACUGAUAUUUGUAUGAAACAUGAUGUCGCCUUCAGCUUGUCCAUUGAUUAUUAAUGGUUUUAUCCACAUAGAAACACAAUCACAGCAGAUUUCCUUAACAAUAACAAGAGUCUGAAGUUGCUCAUUUGCUAAAAGCCAUUGUCUAUUGAGAAACCUGUAAUAAUAUUCCAAUUGCAUAUGUGAUCCAUACUGUUUUUAUGACAAGCUCAAAUGUGAUGUGACCAGAGUUUUCAUGCAUACAUUGUUGAUUUGAUGAGGAAAGUUAAAGUAUUUUGUUAAAGUAUUUUUGUCAGUGUGAGCAAAGAGGAUGUAUAGCAGAUGAAACUGGUAAGAAAUGCAUAACAUGGCUCAUUGUUGUGCCAACCUGCAGAAUUAUUCUGAUAUUUUAUCAAAAAAAAACAAAACAAAACAAAACACAAAAAAAAAAACGAUCUGAGUUGAAUUUAAACAAUCUUGCUCAUGUGCCUAAACAUGGGCCACAUGGGUUUCUAUGUUUCUGAAUAUUUAGUGUUUUUUUUUCUUUUUAUCUUUGCUUUCAGGGUUUAAUUUUUGUUUCUCUAGAUACCUACUGAGGCUAAAAUUGAAUGUUGUGUAAAGAACAAAAUUUAACACAAUGCAAUACUGUGGUUAUUGAUUCUAUUUUCCAAAGACUUUUCAUGACAUCUGUAUUGGUUAUUUGAAAAAAGAAGAAAAAAGCUUUUAUUGUAGCCUGUAUUCAGUUGUGUCAAAUCUGAUUUGUCUCUGCAGAAAUGAACUUUAAACAGUGAUAAUAAUAUUAGAAGUUGAGAAGUUGGAUUCUAUCUGUAUAUAUGAGAUGUACAUUUCUAGUGUGUGCAUAAAAGUCAAAAGAUUUAGUUAUAAAAAUGAAAUGUAUGGUUUUUGGAUUAUCAAAGGGCUGGUGUGUCUUUCUCUGCUAUUUUUGGUACUGUGUUACAAUCAGUUGUUUGUCAUUUGAUUUGUACUGUCUGUUGGAUUUGUUUGUACUUUCACUUUUGUUGUGGAGUUGCAUUAGCUUGGAUCUUUCUUAUUUCGGGCAUGAAUCCUAUUUUGGGCAUUUAUUUCGCAAUCUGAAUCAGUCAUUGUGAAGUAUGAUUGGGGCACUUGGAUCAGUAUUUGUUCUGUCUUGGGUAAACAUGUUGCAGCAAAUUUUGAACUUUAACCAACCUGAAUGGAAAAAGCUGUCCUUGCAGGUUCCUGUAUUUGACUCUACUUCUUUUCUCUUUCGUCUAAAUGCUUUGUAUAAAACCAAGGAUCUGACACAAGAAGGGAAAUAAACUAAUGUUGUAUAUCUAGGACCUCCUCUCUGCAAAUUCAGAAUUUGGGCUACAUCUGACAAUCUUGUUACCUGUCUGAUCAUCCAGUGUACAUAUUUUACUUUUUUUCAUCUAGAACUUUUUAAAAAGAUCUUUUGCAUCUGUGUAAAAUGAACAUGUAAUUGGCAAAAAAGAAUGUGCAUUGCUGCUCAAUAUCAGCAGUCUGUUGUAGAGGUGAUUGUAUCGCUGCUAAAAGCAAAAUGAUUCAAUCUCAGCUGUGUCAUUACUGUGCAUCUUGAUACAGAAAAUCCAUUGAUUUAAUGAUGUGCAGAGUGUAAAUACGAUUGCUUUUCUUCUAAGCAACAAUUUUGCCUUUUAUUGUGACACAACAAUGUCAAAGCAAUUGAUUUUUAAUGCUGAAACCUCUAUGCUCUUAUACAGGUACAACAUAUACCAACUGUUGACAGUUAGCAUCGGCCUCUUCUUCUCAUGUAUUUUAAACAAACCAUUGAAUGGCAUUUAGAUUGAGUCAGCCACUGAGCAUGUGAAGCCUCACGUGGAUGUUGUUUCCUCAGGGAAAUGUCUAUUUGUAAUGAAUAGAGAAAAUAAUAAAAGUUGAUACCCAAUCUGAAUGAAAAUAUAUUGUUGGUAAAACUUUUUAUUACAGUCCAUCUGUAUGUCGACUCUUUCAGUACAGUUUAUCUGGUGUGAUUUUUUUUUUUUUUUUUUUAAUUUGCAGCUCCCUCACCUCAGCAAGAGGCUCACCUGGGGUAUAUGUAUUUUUGUUAUUGGCAGAGAUGUACUUUUUUUUUUUUGAAAAUUUUUGUACUUUAUAAUUUAUUUUUUAUUUAUUUUCAUUUCUUUUUCCCUGAGGAUUGUAUUUCAGAUUUAUCUUGAUUUCUUUCUUUUCAAUAAAUGGUCUGAAAACAA